AGAUCAGAUCUGAACAGGAAGAUGCUCCUCUUCACAACGAUGGCUGCUCUUGCCACUUCGCUGGCUGUCGCUGACUGGCGGGAAGGAUAAAUUGAGGAACCAUUGCUGUUUCCCAGGAACACAUGACAAGACUAUCUGGUGGAGAAACGGAAGGAGGUGAGCCUCAAAGACCUGACACACUGUGCCUGAGGUAUAACACUGAGCAGGGGACCAAGCAUACACUCUUCUCCUACAAGUCCACUGUCCCUCAGGACCUGGUGCUCAGCCGCGAGGAUGAAGGCACCAUGAAGGUGAUCAUCGGUGUCCACAUCUGCAUCACCCGGGACAAGGAGCAGCAGCUGGUUGGCCUAAACGUCAAUGGACAGCUGUCCAGCCGCAAGCUUCAGGAGGGCACGCAGCCUGUCACCACCAGGAGCAGGGUGAUCGUGGGCCAGCAGGAGGCAUGCAUCGGCAAAGAGCAGAACCUUGUGGGCGAGAUCCUGGACGCCAACUUGUGGGACUGGGUGUUAUCUCCCAUAGACAUCAGGAACCUCUCCAUGGGUGACUUCUCCACCCAGGGCAAUGUCAUUAGUUGGCUGAAUGCUGGAAUAGAAACCAAGGGCAAGGUCAUGACCAGGUUAUCAACCAGGACCCAGUAG